AUGCACAACUUCCAUACUGUGCAAUUCGUGCCAACUGCCACGGCUGCCAAACAUCAAACCGAAACAUCAUUUCAAACUUGUGGAUGUUUUGUUCCUUCACGUUAUUUCCCACAAUUUAAAAGUUUUCAAUUAGAACAAGAUGAUUUUAAUAGAAUACUAAAGAAGGCCAAUACAAUACUCAUGAAUUAUCAAGAAUUAAUUGACAAGGAAGCAAUUUUAAUGUCACCAAUCAAUUCUCCAACAACAAGUCAUGUCCAUUCAACAUCCGACAGAGAUUUAGAUGAUAAACAAUUAACAAAUUCCGAUAAAUUAAAAGAAAUGAACAGAAAAAAGAUAUUACUAAUUUUAGCAAUUGUUUCAUUGGUUCCAACUUUUGGAAUUUCUCUAAUGAUUUACAAAUUGUGGCCAAAAAUUAUAAAAAAGAAACAUGAACAGAGAAUUAUUAAAUUGAGAGAGAAAUGUAAAGCAGAAUUAAUUGAUUUGAUUCAGAAUGAAAAUUUGAAUAUGAAGAAGUAUGAAAUUCAAAUGGAAUUAACUUUUGGACCUUUGAAAUAUCCAAUUUAUGAAGAAUCUAUUGAAGAAGAAAUGACAGAAGAGAAACGAGACGAAAUGGAAAUGAUGGAUGAAGAGGAAAAUGAAAAAAAUCAUAAAUUAAAUCAAACAGAAGAAGAUUACAAUGAUGGAAGUUAUAUUUUAAAGAGAAAUAAGAGUGAAUUGACUAAAAGUCAGGUAUUAGGAUUCUUUAAAAAGAAGAAUGGUUCUUCACAUGUUUCGAAUAAUCAUCCAAAUGUUUCCACAUCCACAACACAGCAAGAUAAUCUUCCAAUCAUUUCAAUUCAAUCUUCAAAGAAGAGAAUUUUAGAUAUAUUCCAAGAAGAAUGCAUUCCAUCCAUCAAAUUCAUUACCGAUAAUAGAAAGAGUGCCUAUCUCAUGGAUUUUAUCAGAAAUACUCAAAGAAAUUCAACCACUCCUUCAACUCCUGUUGCAAUGUUCAAGAGAAAUUUCUCAGAUGUUGAACAAUUGGCUGGAAGUGUUGAAUCUCAAAAUCCAUUCUUCCCAAGUGAAUUGAAAAAUUAUCAUUUCGAUUACAAUAAUUUCCAUCCAUUGAAUCCAAAUUAUCAGAAAAUUUAA